AUGACAACGAAUUUACCGGACUUUCCACCGUUUGAUACGGAAUCAGAGCCAACCUCAUUGGGAAUCCAGUGGAAAAAGUGGAUUUUACGAUUAGAAAACUUGUUUGUCGCGCUAGAUAUCAAAAGCAAGGUUCGACAAAAAGCUUUACUUCUGCACUAUGGGGGUGCAAAACUAUCUGAUAUAUAUUACACCCUAGCUUCGGAGGAUGAUCAAGAGUAUGAACACGUGAAAGCAAAACUAGAUGCACAUUUCGAGCCAAAGGUAAAUGUAACUUUCGAAACGUAUAAUUUUCGGCAACUGGCGCAGGAACAAGACGAGCCAAUUGACAAAUUUGUCACGCGGUUGCGAGAAGCCGCUGACCGUUGUAAUUUCCAUGAUAAAGAUAGAGAAAUAAAAGAUCAAAUAGUUCAAAAAUGUUUUUCGGAACGUUUGCGCAGAAAAGCCCUGAGAGAGGACUCCACACUCACCAAUUUGUUGAGUGCAGCAAGGGCCAUAGAAAUAGCGGAUGUACAAGCCAAAGCCAUGGAGAACACUUCAGUUAUGAAAGUGAGUCAACACUUAAAAAAUGAUAAAGUCCAGGAAGGACAUUCACAAUUAACAAAGAAAGGAGAACAACAAGAGCAGAAUAAUAACCGAAAGAAGGUAUGUUUUAAUUGUGGGGGUGUGUGGCCACAUCCAGGUGGUAGAAAGUCGUGUCCAGCAUGGGGAGUGGAUUGCCGGAAAUGUGGGAAAAAAAAUCAUUAUGCAAGAAAAUGCAAUUCAGUGAAAAACAUAAACAAUCUUAAAGAUGACUCCAGUGAUAGUGACGAGGAGAAUGAAUAUCAAGUAUCGGCUGUGAAGAAGCUCAGAGAGAGUCAGAAUAAGGUAACAGCUAAAGUUAAUGAUGUUACACUGAAAUUUCAGAUAGAUUCAGGAGCAGAUGUUAAUAUAAUUGACGAGGACAGUUUUGGUCAGUUGAAAGGGCAGGUCUCCUUAAAACAGACCAGAGCUAAACUUUUUGCAUAUAACUCAACCAAACCCCUUCCUUUGUUGGGCAAGUUUACAGCAAUGGUAGCCACAAAAAAGCGGUAUGAUGUGGCAGACUUUUAUGUUGUGAAGGGCUCAAAGUCAUCAGGAUGCCUGCUAGCAUCUCCAUCAGCUGUACGUCUUGGCAUAUUACAUAUAGUUAAUCAAGUGGCAUCAAAGCGCCAGUUUGUACCAAAACCAAAAGGAAAGGCAACGUCUUCUGGCAGAGAAAAGCAAACACUCACAACAAAUACGCAACGGAAAUUGGAUAAACUCAUCCAUAGCUACGAGGACAUCUUUCAUGGAAUCGGAAAAUUGAAGGGAGUAAAGGUGAAACUUCACAUUGAUGAAAGUGUGAAACCGGUGGCACAAAGGCAUAGACGAGUUCCCUUUCACUUAAGAGAUAAAGUGGAAGCGGAAGUUACGCGUUUAGAAAAAGCCGGGAUCAUUGAAAAAGUCAAUUCCGCGACGGAUUGGAUCUCACCUAUAGUGAUAUCUCCAAAGAAAGAUUCAAAUGAAAUCAGAUUGUGUGUGGACAUGGUUGAACCUAAUCGGGCGAUCAAAAGAACAAGACAUGUCAUCCCAACAGUGGAAGAAUUACGACAAGAUCUUAACGGAGCUAAGAUAUUUUCAAAGUUAGAUUUGGCUAAUGGAUUUCACCAGCUAGAGCUAGACGAAGAAAGCAGAGAGAUAACAACGUUCUCCACUCACCUAGGUCUGAGACGAUAUUGUCGACUCAAUUUCGGAACUAAUUCAGCACCGGAACUUUUUCACGAGGAAGUAAGGAAGACUCUGAGUGGAAUACCUGGAGUUAAGAACAUACACGAUGAUAUCCUAGUUUUUGGGUCAGAUGAAGAUGACCAUUAUCGAGCGUUAAGUGCAACAUUUCAACGACUUAAGGACGUUGGUUUAACGCUUAAGCGAAGCAAGUGUGAGUUCGGGAAAACUUCUAUUGCGUUUUUCGGACUUGUUUUUUCCAGUAAGGGCAUCAGUCCCGAUCCAGCAAAGGUGGAAGCUCUUCAACACCUUUCAUCACCUACUAACCAAGGAGAGUUGCGGUCCUUUCUGGGCAUGGCUAAUUACUCGGCACAGUUUAUCUACAACUACGCGACCGUGGCGGCUCCUGUACGUAAUUUGACCAGAAAGAACACGCGUUGGACAUGGACAGACGAACACGAAAAGUCGUUCAGAGCGAUAAAAGAUAGCUUGCGAACAACAGCUCUACUCAGUUAUUAUGACCCAAAGCUAAGAACAGAGGUUGUCUGUGAUGGCUCACCGGUUGGCAUCAGCGCUAUGCUUGUUCAAUAUGAUUACGACACACAGGAACCUCGGGUUAUUACAUAUAACAGUAGAUCUCUGACGGAUGUGGAGAGACGCUAUGGACAGAUCGAGCGAGAAUCCUUGGCUGUACAAUAUGGUUGCCUUAGGAAUGAAAUCUAUUUGCUUGGUCGGGAUUUUGAAGUAGUUACGGACCAUAAACCGUUAGUUAGCCUCUACAACAAUCCACGCCGACCAGGUCCCUUUCGGGUUGAGAGGAUGCGACUAAAGUUACAGGGAUUCCGCUUUAAAGUUGUCUACAGGCCAGGCAAACUAAAUCCUGCUGAUUACACAUCGCGACACCCUUUACCACUAAAUCGAUGUCCAAAAGAACAGCUGAAGGAGUCGAUGGAAUUGGAAGCACACGUAAAUUGGGUUAUUAAAACCGACGUGCCACCAUCUAUAAAAUUACAAGAAAUUCAACUAGCGACUCGCCGUGACCCAAUUCUCCAUGAUUUAUACGAAGCUAUUAAGAAUAAGAAGCCCCUAGAAGAUAAGAAAUUCAAACAUUUCAAGGGUGUAGCAGAAGAGUUGUCUCUUGCGGAUGGAGUAAUUUUGCGAAGUAACAAAAUUGUAAUACCACAAUCGUUGCAAAAGAUCGUUGUUAAAAUUGCACACGAGGGUCAUCAGGGCCUCGUUAAAACAAAACAAUUUUUGCGAUCAAGAGUAUGGUUUCCCAAAAUGGAUGAAAUAGUUUCUUCGGUUGUUGGUCCCUGUAUUGCGUGCCAAGCGACAGUAAACACUCCGUCACAAGAGCCAGUCAAGUCUACGCGGCUUCCAAAUGCACCAUGGGAAUGUUUAGCAGUUGAUUACUAUGGACCACUGCCGUCAGGAGACUACGUGCUGGUAGUAAUUGACGAAUAUUCUAGAUUCGCUGAACUUGAUUUUACCACUUCAACAUCAGCUAACGCAACAAUUCCAAAGUUGGAUCGCAUUUUCUCAUCGUACGGAAUUCCACUGCAAUUGAAGAGUGAUAACGGAGCUCCAUUUAACUCCAAAGCGUUCAGCGAUUACUGCAAAUUUAUGGGUGUUCAGCAUAACACUAUCACACCAUUACAUCCACGAGCAAAUGGCUUGGUGGAGAAUUUUAACAGGAUGAUUCACAAAGUAGUACGUACUUCGUCAAUUGAGCGGAAAUGUUGGAAGCAAGAGCUAUUCAAGUUCCUUCGCAAUUACUGGGCGACGCCUCAUAUUACCACGGGCAAAUGCCCUGCUGAUUUGUUGUUUCAAACCCGGACAUAUCGAGUCCGCUUACCCGAACUAUCAAAGUUUCAGAAUGACGAUAGCGAUACACGGGCAAGGGAUGCAACGAAGAAAUUAAGAGCUAAACAAUACGCCGAUCGAAAGUCUUACGUCAAAACGUCACCUAUCCAAAUCGGGGAUUUAGUCCUGGUAAGAAAUGAAAAGAAAGGAAAAUUACAACCAGUAUAUGAUCCUCGACCAUACACCGUGACACAAAAGAAGGGAACGAUGGUGGAAGCGUCAAGAAACAACCCAAGGCAUGUGAUCACCCGUAAUACAUGCUUCUUUAAGCGUCUAAAACUACCCAAUAUUGAGUCAGCAGCUGGGAAAAGAGGGAUGGACGACGAGAAUAUAGAUGAUGAUUGUGAUGGGUUUGAGAAUAAUGAACUGGACCCAAAUUAUAGUGAAGGGGAUGACGACGAGAACGGAGAUCAGCAAAACGAGGAAGACUGGGAAGAUGAAUUGCGUAAUGCAGACAACAUCGGUGAAAUGGAUAAUGAUCAAGAGGCAGAAGGAGGAGCAAAUGAGGAGGAGUUGCAUACGGACGAAGAAGAUCAGAUGGCAGGCAGACGUCCUCAACGACAACGAAAAGUGCCAAGAAGAUAUGAAGAGUACGAGAUGGGUGAUGAGUAUUAG